GGGAGGAAGCGAGCGGGAGGGGGAUGUGGUGCUGCCGCGGCCGCCACCGCAGCUGCCGCUGCCUGCUCGUUGCCGCGUCUUCCCGGAGGCGGCUGCUGGAAGCCGCAGGGAGCAGCUGCGGUGCUCUGCCAUAUUGUGUCUUCCCCGGCCCGUCCCUUGCCUCCCCGCUGCGGCGGCCGAGCUGACGAACUGUAAGAGUAAAUGGGUCCAGUAAUUGGAAUGACUCCAGAUAAGAGAGCUGAAACCCCAGGAGCUGAAAAGGUUGCAGGAUUAAGCCAGAUUUACAAAAUGGGAAGCUUGCCUGAAGCUGUUGAUGCUGCCAGGCCAAAGGCCACUCUAGUGGACAGUGAGUCAGCAGAUGAUGAACUUACAAACUUGAACUGGCUUCAUGAAAGUACUAAUCUUCUAACAAACUUCAGCCUCGGAAGUGAGGGUCUUCCAAUUGUUAGUCCAUUGUAUGACAUAGAGGGAGAUGAUGUGCCAUCCUUUGGAUCCUCUUGCUACCAGAAUCCAGAAAAAAAAUCAGCAACUUCAAAGCCCCCAUACUCCUUCAGUCUUCUCAUUUACAUGGCUAUUGAACACUCGCCAAAUAAAUGUUUGCCUGUCAAAGAAAUUUAUAGCUGGAUUCUGAACCGUUUCCCAUAUUUUGCUACUGCACCAACAGGCUGGAAGAAUUCUGUUCGACAUAAUCUGUCCCUGAAUAAAUGUUUUCAGAAAGUGGAAAAAAGCCAUGGCAAGGUUAAUGGAAAAGGUUCCUUAUGGUGUGUUGAUCCAGAAUAUAAACCUAAUCUUAUGCAGGCACUAAAGAAGCAACCUUUUUCCUCAGCAUCAAAAUUUUCCACUCCUCCUGCAUCUUCACAAAGUGUUUCUUUAUCACCUCACUAUUUAAGCUCUGUACUCAAGCAGAACCAGGUGCAAACCCUCAAAGAAUCUGAUAUUGAUGCUGCCACUGCAAUGAUGCUUUUAAAAACUUCUAUAGAACAAGGAAUUUUAGAAUGUAAGAAGCCUCUUCCUCUUAAAACAGCAUUGCAAAAAAAGAGAAGUUAUGGCAAUGCUUUUAAUCAUCCCAGUGCUAUACGAUUACAAGAGAGUGAUUCUUUAGCCACCAGCAUUGAUCCAAAAGAAGAUCACAAUUAUAGUGCCAGUAGCAUGGCAGCACAGCGUUGUGCAUCCAGGUCUAGCAUUUCUUCCCUGUCUUCUGUGGAUGAGGUAUAUGAAUUUAUCCCAAAGAGUAGCCAUGUGGGAAGUGAUGGCAGUGAAGGAUUUCAUAGUGAAGAAGAUACAGAUGGUGAUUACGAAGAUGAUCCUCUUGGAGACAGUGGCUAUGCAUCACAGGCUUGUGCAGAUUCCUCUGAAAAAGGGCAAUCAGGCAAAAAGAUGCGAAAACAGUCAUGUCAAGAAAUUGAUGAGGAGCUCAAAGAGGCAGCUGGAUCUCUGCUCCACCUUGCUGGAAUUCGUACAUGUCUAGGUUCCCUAAUAAGUACUGCAAAGACACAAAAUCAAAAGCAACGGAAAAAAUAGAAAUACUUACUAGUGUGAAAUUAUUUUUAAGUGUGGCAAUACUCUUUUACUUAAUUCUUUACGAGGGAUGUCAAAGCCAUAAUGGACUUCUUUAGUUUUAGGGUGGGGGACGGGUACGAAUUACUUGUUUCUUUCAAAACAUUUUUGGUUUUUGUUUUUUAAAAUUUUUAUUGAACAAUUGUUGUUAGGAUCAUGCCCGAUCAUAAAUACAUGAUGUGAAGUCCUAAAAGCAUAAUUUUUGUGAUAAGUGUCCCUAAGAUUUGGAAAUUUUUAUAUAAGAAAAUUCCCAGCCUUUGUCUUAAACUUGUAGGAAAAAUCUUUUUCUGUUAAUAUGUCAAAAUGUAAGAUUUGGCAGUUCUGUAACUUUUUAAAAUUUCUUUUCCAAUCUGUAAUUAACUAUAGUUACUGAUCCUGCUAUAAAUUUUGCUGAUGUCUUUUUCAUAUACUUCUCUUCUGACACACAGUACAGUAGGAUAAGAUUUGGAUUUUUUAUUUUGUCUUAAUUUUUGUUUUUAAUUAUUUUUUGUUGUGGCAUGAGCAAAGUCGAAUAUAAAUUGGAAAAGAUUCUGGAUGUCUAGAAAGUUCCUUUUGGUUACAUAGGUAGAGAAUACAACAAACAGUUCUAAGAUUUAGAAAAGGCAAUUUUGUGGUAUGAUUUCAUCUGAGAACACUCCCAAUUCCUAUUACAAUGGUAUUUUUGAAAUGUUUUUACUUCACAGAUACUGCAUAGCAUUUAUUGGGACCAUUGUUCUUUCCCAGAGUGCUUUGCAGAUAUUGUUUAAGUUUAGCCACUAGCUGCCUUUGUUGAGUAGAAGUUAUCCAAUGAAAGGAUAUAGCCAUAGAGUGUGUUAUGGAAUAACAGCCAGUUGGACAUACUUUUGCAGUAAGGGAAUCUUUCAUUUGCUUGCCAAAUGUACUGCAUUCUGAGAAUCUUGUAAUAGGAAUGGAGUGUAAUAAAAUAUUUUGAAUACUGAAACAUCUGAUUACUUACGUCAUCAUAAAUAAAGUUAGGUCAUUUAGGAAAAAUCUUUUUUCAAGGUUUGAAUGAAUUAAAUUCAUUUUGAAUACCAAAUUAAAUUUUUAAAAAUUUAAUGAAACUGUAGAGACAAAAUACCUUCAUGGAUUUCAAAAUCUGCAUAAAAUUAGGUCUUAUACAAUACAACCUUUUGAGGAGACAGUGUAAUACUUAUGUGUGCCAUUAAUCUACGCUAAAGAUUUUAUAUUACUGUUCCAAAAGUGCAUUGACUAAGGUAUAUGAAGUAUUUGAGCAAAUCUGCUUGUAUGAGGUAAUUUUACAUAAUAUCAAUUGUAUAGUUUGACUAGAUUAUUCAAAAAGAAUAAGGGAUAACUAAUAAACUAACCUUACUCAUUUUAUUUUUUUUUUACAAUGGUGGAAGCAACUUUCCAAAAGUUCAUCUUAUCUCAUAUUAUAUUCUAUGUCAUAGGACAAUGACCUUGUUUUCAUUUUUCUGAUAACUUAUAUACAUAUACAUACAUAUAUACACAGUCAAGCUCAUGAUGUUGAUUUGCUGCUUUCAGCUGUUUCUAUGACUAUAAAAGCAUUUUCUUGGAUUUUGUAAAGAGACAGAUAUUUGUAUUUUACUUCUAAAUUUCAUUUGGGCAAAACUAUCAAAUGAGAAUGACAAAAACAUCUUUUUCAAUUGACAAGACUAUAAGCCAGGGAUAACAGUAUUAAUGUUCUCUGUCUUGUUUCCAUGUUAAUUUAACCUGGAUAGCCAAAUUAAUAGAAUUGGUGCUGUUGAAAUAAUAUUAAUAGUGAUUUUAAAACUUUUGAUAAUGAAAAAUAGCCCUUAAGCAUGCAGGAUGAGGUAUUUGGAAUUUUUCUUCUUCAUAUAUGUCAUAUCUACAGAAAAUGGCUAAACCAAGUUAACACCUUUUUACUGUAGAUGGCAAAUAAAACACCAGAAAAAAAAAAUGCUUUUACCACAGUAUAAAUAAUAGAGAUCAUACAAAGCAUUUUAAUAACAAUAUUGUUAAGUUGUUUACCAUAGCCUUCUGGAUACACCUUAGUAACUGUGUUUCAGUGAUCUGGUUCCAGUUUAUAUUGUUCUACUGAAAUUCUGUACCACAAAUGUUCUACCUUGUUACUGUCCAUUAGAUAAUUACUCUUUGUAAGUAAAGGAAAAUGACCUAAGAUAAGGAGGAGCAGAGUUGUUUCCAGCUCUAACAGGGAUCUUCAAAGUUAUUUUGUAUUGAUAUACGUAACAAUAACUCUUUGAACCGUUUGACUUUUCUCUCCCUCUUCAUGUACUCUUCUCUCACAUUUAAAUGUUUAAGUCAUACUCAGCCAGGAGAAGUUACACAAUACUUUACACUUAAUUCUUAUACAGAAUUUAGUGCAUCAAUUUCCACUUGCUAAUGUACCAGGGCAGUUAUUUUCAAGGGGAAAAAUCUUUUUCAUUAUGGUCCACCUAUUAUUAUUUCCAUAGAAAUUAUGAUCUCAUUCCUCAGGUGUGUUGAAAUAGAAACAUGGCUGAUAACCACCCAAUUAAGGAAAGUCAUUCCAAGUCCUGUGGACUGGAAAUUGUAUUCCCAAUUAUAAAUAAAUUUUACUGUAAUAAAAAUAACUUGGAAACCCCAGAGACGUUACAUAGUUUCGCACAUAUCUUAAAAUUGUGAUCUCAGCUAACAUAAUUUGCCUUAUGUCAAAACAAUAUAAAUUUUGUUGCAACUGAUUCCAAUUUAUAAUAGAUCCCUAGUAAAAGUUUUGAUUCAGCAUAAUUGAUCUUCAUAUCCCAAAUAGAAUCAGUGUUUCUUGAAUAUGUAUUUUUGAAAUUUAUUUGUGCAAUAUAUUACUAAAUUAAUGUUUUAUUUUACUUUUCAAAUUCAGAGAAAGAGAAUAGGUUACCUGUGUUCAUGGAAAAGCUAAUAGUUGGUGGAUCAACUCUCUUUUUCCACCUUUGAGCCUUUCCUGUCCUCAUAGCCAGCAUGACUUCUCUUAAAUUAGAUUCAUUUGUAUAUAAUAAAGUUUAGUAUAUAUUUUUUCUUUGUUAUUUUUGAGGCAUUAUUGUAAAGGGUUCAUGUUAGAUAGUCAGUUAAAUAUACUUUAGCACAAAUGCAAAGCUAAAGAAAGUGUUAAGGAGGGAAUAUAUGUGUCGUAGUAGACCAGGAGGCCCUUCCCAGCAAUUAAAUCAACAGAUGUGAAUACUUCACAAAGCUGUAAAGACUAAUGUCUUAAAUACUACAGUAACUUAACACCUUUUUGUGAAGACCAUAGCAUUUAUUUAAGAAACUUUGAGGCUUUCUGGUUUACAUAUAUUUUAUAGUUUUUUUGUUAGCUUGAAAUGUGUAAGCUUUGGCUUAAAGUUUACUUCAUUAUGUUAAUGAUGUAGUCAAAAUAUUUAUUGAAAGGCAAAUUAGAGUAUUUUAAUGUUACACCUGCCAUUUUUUCUUAAAGCACAUUCUUUGCAUUUAACUGCCAGUGCCAUUAUCAAAACUUAUUUUUAAAAUUGUUGUACAUUUCUUAUUAAACAAAGUGCUUAAUUUUAAAGUAUUAUGUUGCCAUCAUUAGUGUAUAAAAAUGUAUAAUUGCCAAUUCAUUAUAACUAUUUAUUUUUACGUGAAAGUGUAAGAAUGCUUUCUGAUUCAAGAAAUUUGUUAUAAAACUGCUUCCUUAUCCUCCUUUCUGAUGUAGCAUAAAAAUUGUCCUGAGUUUGUGUUAUAACUGUCAGUAGAUGACCAGUCAUGAGUGAACCACUUUUCAGUUGCCAGUCUUUGCUCAUAUUAAAAACAACUUACAAAUGUUUAGUUUUUGUAUCUAAUCCCUGAUUAUUAAAAUGUUUAUAAAGUUUAUUUUUACCAAAGAGAUGCAAUUCAUUAUGAUAAAGUAUUGCAGAAUAAACUUUGUUUUAUAACAUUG